AUGUCUAUGUUACCGUGGUCUCAAAUAUGGGAUGUUUUUAAACUAUUGUUGGGCUUUAUGCUUUUCAUUAUAUCAAUUCAGAAAAUCACCAGUUUGUUCGUAUCAUGGAUGUUGAUGCUGCGCCAUUCCACAGUACGAAAAAUUUCAUUUGGAUACUUUUUUGGUACCUCAAUAAGGCGAGCGUUUAUCUUGACUGAUUUUGCUCAAGUAUAUAUCGGCAAGAUAAGUUUGCGAAUAGGUUGGAAACCCGGGAUUGUGUUUCAUAAUGUUGAUUUGAAGUUAUUUGAGAAAAACGGCCACACCACUACACAUUCAACUAAAGACUCCAGGUCAUAUUUUAAUCCUCGGGAUCAGACUUUCACCUUUGUAAUUAACAGGCGAGUUCUUUCAAUUUUAAAGCUGGUCUUUUCAUUUUCAACCUUCUUCCAUACUUUGGCUCUCACGGUACCUAAUGGAAAAGAGUAUAAAUUAAACAUCGGGUCCAUCACAAUAUCACAUCCACAUGAUGAUACCAUAAAAUUGGAGGCGUUUCUGCAUGAUUUUACCCAUCCUGAAACGAAAGACACAUUGAACCAUACUGGUUUUUUUAUGGUGUGUAAAAUUGGGAAGGAAGAUGAUAAAGGUAGCAACUGCUCAAAAGUUAUACUAAAAAAUUGGAAAUCCAGUCUCAAAAUCAGUGACGUUUGCUGGCAUCUUCCAGAAAAGAAAGAAAAGACUUCGAAUACGGAGUCUGUCGAUUCUCUCCCUACAAGCGAUGAUGCAGAAAUGCUCACUUCAUAUCGUAAGAUGCUAAAGCCUUUUCACUACCCUUUAAAGACUUUAAACAUUCUGGACCUUAAGGUAGAAAACGUAAAAUUUAUCUAUAAAAAAAAGUUUACAAUCCGCAUAUCAAGUGCUCAACUUUACUUGGAAUCAAUCUCCAUUCUAAAUAAUGUCUCCGCUUUGGAACUUUUACCCUUAAAUAAACCUACAUGGGGUGAUUUUGAACUAUCACUUUCUGCAAAUGCUGUUGUUGUAGAUAUCGACGGUAAUACAGCAGUUAGGAUUCCGUUCGGAAAUGUCAUACUGACAUCAGAUAUUUUACUAUUUUUACUUGAUAACAUACCUUUGCAGAAAACGAAGAUAUCUUCCAUUUUAAACAUUAUAAAUCCUUCAGUGUUCCUUACUAUACAUCAAGUGCUGGAAAUCCUCCAUUUAGUGGAUAAGUUUGAUAAUUCAGAGACGUCAUCAUAUACUAACGCAACCGAUAGGCCAUUAGAUAUUUUAGAGUUAGAUAUUGAUCGAUUACCCAGUUUUAACUUCGAACUACUGAUGUCAAAUUUUAUUUCAAGGCUACAUAUAUCAGAUGAAGAGAAUGUGACGUUUAAGGUUUUCAGCACGCACGCUCUGUUUAGUCGCAACAAUAUGUCUAUGUCCCCUAAAAGGGGACAACUGAUGCAAAUGCAUCCAGAUUGGCCAUUUGCAAAGACAGCCCUAGUAUCCGAUCAAUUAUCCAACUAUAUUAAAAUUGUGGGUACAUCACUCUCUUACCUAAGAAUCCCAACAGAGCAGGAUGCUAACCCGGUAUCUAUACCAGUCUGUGGCUUUGAAAGAUUAGACACAUUUUUGGAUGAAUUUUCCAAUUCUAAAUUGAUCGUUCAAUCUACACUACGGCAUUCGUACGUUAGUCUUGAGAACAUUGAAGUUUUGCAUACUUUAAGUCGCGCCUUUGACAAAAUUUACUCAUUAAUAUCAAGCAGAACGAAGAGGAAUGCUGCUCAUAAAGCAAGGGAUGAAAAAAUGGGGAACCUGAAUGAAAUUAAGAAAAACUUCAACUGGUCACUGAAACUUAGAUUGAAGGAUAUUUCAUGUUCGUUACUGAUCGCUGGCUUUCUCCCAAAAAACUUGGACCCCGUGGAGGCCGAGAAUUUCAACUUAUCUAACGUAACCAGAGGUGCCAAAGUUGUCCUUACAGAAUCAAUAUUAUUGGCGGAUAGCCAGGAAAAAAAUUUUACUAUUGUUGAUGCAUCAGUAUAUCGCUUCAUGGAUGACACUACUCACAAGCCUGCUCCUGACGUUAUUGUUCAAUUCACCAAUUUAUUAUUGAGUUUUAACGAUUUGGAUGAAAUUCAUUUUUCACUUCCGAAAAUCAAAUUCAAGAUGGAUGUGAAUAUUAUCUGGCUGUGGUUUUAUAUUCGGAGUAUAUGGAUAAAAUUUCGUCCUAGUUCAAAAUUGAGUCGAACUUCCGCGACCAGCUCGAAAUCUGUUGAUGUUUUGGACAGACUGAGAGUAGAUAUAGGAAAGAUGAUUAUAGAGCUAACGCUUCCUCAUAAUACAGAAGUACUCUUGAUAUUCGAGCAAAUUGGACUUUCGAAUACUACUAAAAAUCUCACAAUUGCAUCGUUAUCUGCGUACGUGGUGUCCGUUUAUGUGAAGCAUAUUAAGGCGUAUGUUUCUUUGAUAAGUAUCAAUGACUUUGAGCUAAACACUCAAGAUUUAAUCCGCACGAAAUCUGCUGUUAUAAAUACCUCAUUAAUUCAUUUCCAUGCCGAAUACCAUUUUAGGUUUUACAUGAUAACUGACAAUAUAGUUACAUUGUAUAAAUCGUUUAAGCAAAUUAGAUUGGCAUUUUCCAACUUGAGUGAAUUUGAACGAUUGUACCCCCAACAGCAGCUGCCUAAAAGGAUUUCAAAUCUAAAUGUCUAUUGCCAAGAUUUCCUGAUUGAUAUUGAAGAAGAUCCUUUUGAGCAGGAAUUAGGAUUGAUUUUGAAAGUUGGCGUUUUGGAACAACGCGAGAGGUUAAAGAAGCUUGAAGAGUUCAGGGAAAAGCUAUCAACAUAUGAGGACAUGAACGUACGUUUAAGGUCACUGUAUGAUACCUCCCGUGGACAGACUUUCUUCCCGGACUUCUAUGUGAACGAUCAAGAAUAUGAGCAAAAGGCUUACCUCAGGUUGCUAGAAAACUUUUCAACGUCAUGGAUUGCCAGAUACAGGAAGGCAAAACUUUCUUUUUAUGGUAUGCCUUAUCGCGUAAUCAGCCGUGAAGAGCUUGGUACAAAAUAUCACCUGUUUACUAGACAGAAAACCAGUACUGUUGCUAACUUGGUCGUAAAAGAAUUGGACUUUAAAUUAGGUAGUCCUUCUUUCCCUCUAGACAAUUAUAUGGAUUUUUUAUACCAGUAUGGAAAAAAAGUCCCAAAGAAUACAAAGUACACUUUGUUAAUUAUCCUUGGCCUGAAAAUCAAAAGCGCAUUGUGGGAGUUGCGGCUGAGAGAUUAUCCGAUACCUGCCAUAUCAUUUCCUGACACAUUUACAACAGGUGAUGUUGUAUUUGCCGAAAAGAUGCCAGCACCUUGCGCCCUUCAUACCGUUUAUGUUCCUUUUGUCAGCUCCGCGCAAAAAAGUCCCUAUAAUGAUGCCAACACUAUAUAUGGCUCCCAUAUCAUUCGUACUCUUAAUUCAGUCAAAACUUAUUUUAAUAUCAGGUCAAUGGUUACAUCUUCUUCAUCUGCUAGAAUAACAUGGGGGAAAUCUCUGCAGCCCGGCUAUGAGUCUUUGAUGCUUUGGUUCGAUUUUUUAACUAAGCCUCUUAUCGAUCCAUCCAAAAAGCUAGGAUUUUGGGACAAAUUCAGAUACUUAGUACAUGGUAAGUGGAUAUAUGAGUUUUCAGAGAAAAGCGAGAUCCACUUAAAUAUAAAAGGUUCGCACGAUCCUUAUAAGAUCACCGAUGAUGGUGCGGGUCUGGCGUUCUGCUGGUCUGGCGGCACCACAAUUUAUGUUCAUAACUCCACAGAUCCUAAAGAAUUUUUAAAGAUUGAAUCCCAAAGAUUUCAGUUGGCAGUGCCAGACUUUGCCAAGGUCAGUAAGUUUGAUAAAGUCUUUAUGAAGCUUGAUGGAAGAGUAAUUUGGACGUUAGGUUUACUUUUUGAACAAGGUGAUAUAUCUAAGGCUGGUGACGAAGAAAGGUUUCUUCCAAAUAGGCCACAUUAUGAAAUUCAGCUGAUGAAUCCAGAUGGCGUUGCAGAUUUGGAUCACCAUGAUACCUACAAAGGGUUUAGAACAUCCUUUAUUCACAUGUCAUUUGGUGUCUAUUCUUCGGAACACGGAUCAAUAAACAGUCUUUAUCUUGCACCUUAUGCUCUAACCCACUUUUUCAAGUGGUGGAACUUAUUCCAUACAUACACAUCUGGUCCUAUUAGGCAAGGACGGUUAUUUACGGAUUUACUUCAAAACAAGACAAAGUUUGGCCGCUCGCUAUUUACAAUAGCCUAUCAACUACAUUUAAAACGCUUAAUGGUCACGCAUAUUUAUCGGCAUAUUACUACUCAAUAUGAUCUUGAAAAAGACCGCAAAAUAACUUUUACUGGACUGAAGGGGAGAUUUGAUUCACUAAAAAUUGAUUUGCAUCAAAAAAGAGUUAAACUUACCCACACAAAUCAGAAAUUAAAUAAAUCAAAACCUGUCUGGAAGUUUAAGAUGUCUAGGGGUGAGAUUGAUUGUGCAGAAGCAGAUAUCAGGAUAUUGUCGACGCUGUUUGACCAGGAAGCAGUUAAGGAAAUUCUCAGUACUGGCCUUGAUGACAUACUUGAAGACGAGUCAUCACGUCCUAUUUCGCCUCAAGAUGUAGAAUACCUACGUGAAUCAGAUUGGUAUGAUUAUGAGGACUAUAUAGACUUGAAUCAAGUACCACUUGGUUCCUCACUUCCAUUGAAGUUAGAAGCAAUUCCCUUGCUGUACUCACCUAGGAUAUCUUACUUUAGAAAAAUAAAUGACGACGGUUAUGUUCUAGCUUACCCAUUUGGCACCGAAGAAUCUCACAAUUGUCUGAUUGGUAAGAAUCACCCAGAAUUGACUCAGGAAAAGUUAGCAACUGAAAGAAAACGAGAAAUAGAAGAGCAACUAAAAUUAUUGCAUGUCACACUGGGUGAAUUGCAAUCAAAUAAAAGCGGAGGUUCGGUAAAUGAGAAUUCAGAACGCUAUGCACGUGAAUUAAAAGCAGAGGUAGCUGAAUUAAACCACAGAUUGCACACAGUCAACACUAUCUUGAGUGAUUUGAAAAUCUCGGAGGCUAUUCCUGGAGAAAAUACUGAUAGUGAUAGUUCCAGCUCACUUUCCGAUUCUGAUGCAAAUUUGGGAGAUGUGGCUCCAACUCCUAACAGAAUAUCAUUAUUGAGGACCAAUACCGUCGAGUCUUUUGUAUCAAUGAGAAAAGCCUCCACUAUGCAAGUUGAGUCCACUUAUGAUAACCGUUUCAUGGUCCAUAAUAUAGAGUUGAAAAUCGAUAAUAAAAUUAGGCAUCACCUUUUGGAAUAUGCCUCCAGUGCUUUUGAAAGGAAGUCUAUGAGGUUUGCUUUGACUUAUAAAUCCGUAACUAUUUUAAAAGAAUUACUAGGGAAUGUGUUGACUGGGGUCAGAACAUCUAUAGAAGACUACGGAUCAAUGCUUGAGGACGAUUUAGCUAGUAAUUCGGAAUUUAUUGAGCAUUUUGAGAAACUCAUCAGAGAUGUUCCAAGUGAUGACUUUGACUAUGUUGAUAAUUAUCUUUUCAGACUAAUCUCUCCGCAGGUUCAAAUUAAAUCGGAUGUUGAAAAAAAUGCGGCAGUUAUUUUGGCUGCUAGGGAUAUAGAAAUGGGAAUUAUUGAUAUAGUUCAAGUGUACGGAAAAUCAGGAAAAAGGAUUCCCGUUGAUGUUGAUACUAUUGUAGAAACACGCUAUUCUGCUGUUUCGAAGGACAUUCAGUUGUUUACAUUGUUCAAGAAGGAUUUAGAGGGUCCUGAAGGUAGAUUCUUUCAUAAAAAUGGAUACGGUUCGGACAAAGAGUCUGAUAUAUGGCCCCCAUGGAUUCCUCUUGAAAUGUGUUUUGAUGGCUCUUUAUUAGAUAAGCAUGUCUUUUUAAAACGAAGAUCAAUGUUUCUGACUUACGUUGCUCCUAAUCCCUUAUUUUUCAGUGCCAAUGACACAUCGGCGUUUUCCUAUGAUUCGAGGUUUCGUAUUGCAUUUCCAGGACUGAUUCUGACUUCUGAUUGUCAACAAUACUGUGCUGUAUACGCAAUCGCUGAGGAUUUGCUUUCCUUUGGAUCAUCAUUGGAUGAGAAGGUUGAGAAACUUUCCAGGAUUUUGUUUACUGAUGAGGUAAGAAAUAACUUGGAAAACCUUGAUGUCUCUGUUGUCACAGCCCUGCAAGAUAGAAUUAAAGAACUCUAUUAUACCCGAGCAUAUUUAAAGCUUCACGAGCCAAGAUUGUUUUUGAAAUCGGGACAAGAGUUAACUUUUGAUAUCCAGACUAGUACAUUGAAGUUGACGUUACUUAUGACGGCAAUCAAGAAAACUUAUGAUAGGAUGGGGAGUGGUAAUAGAGUGAUACAGAAAAGGUUAAGGUGGCAAGUUGGAACAGAUGAACUGAUAUGGGAAUUAUAUGAUGAGAGCAAGACGCCUUUCGUAACUAUCGGGUUGGGACCUUCUACCUUUAUUCGUUCUGAAACAUCCGAUGGCACUAAUAGUAACAAAGUAUCUAUUUCUUCAUUACAGUGUUUCAACCAGCAAGAAAAUCCCGUUUACACUGAACUGCUGGCUCCCUUUUAUGAAAACUCAUCCUAUAAUAAGAACGCCCCAAUGGUAGAAAUUUUUUGGAUCUUGGGUCCAUCAGUUGGAGGUAUUUCAGAUUUGCAGGACUUGAUUGUUUCCCUACAGCCGUUAAUUUUCAAGAUGGAUCACAAAACAUCGGAAAAACUAAUGAAUUAUCUAUUCCCAAAGAUAGAACAAACUUCCAUAGAACCCGAUUCCCCAGAACUUGUGCCACGUUCUUCCACCAGUUCCUUUUUUUCAUCCUCUCCAGUUUUACGGCACAGCCUUUCUAACGGCUCCUUAUCUGUGUACGACGCAAAAGAUGUAGACUCCUGGGAUUUGCGUAGUAUUCAGAGCAAAGAAGGUAUCAAAAAGUAUAAGGGUGAUCAUAGGAAACUGUCAGCCUCACUUUUUGUGCAACCUGAUUAUAACAUUAAUGAAAUGGUCAAAAGAUCAGGGACAUUUUUCAAUGUAAAAUCUAUUAUAAUCCGGAAAACUUUAAUGUCUGUAUGUUACAAGGGUUCGCAUAGCCUCUUGACUGAUGUUAAUAACCUAAUUGUUAGAGUUCCUGUUUUGAAGUACCAUAACAAACUGUGGUCAAGGGAAGAGUUCUUUACAGCCUUGAAGAGAGACGUUGUAAGAAUAGUUUUACAACAUUUGGGAAAUAUUAUUGGUAACAAAUUUUUACCUCAUAAGAAAGAAAAUAAGAAAAAAACUUCCAUGGAAAUACAUCGACUACUAAGUCCUGAUUCUCAAAGUCGCAACACAUCACAUAUCCUUGAAGUCGAAGGGCACAACUCAUUCCAUAACUCCACGCGCUCUUCAGAUAUUAGAUCAAUAAACUCAGACGAAACGUAUAAUGAAAAUGAUGGAAAUGAAGUAAAACCAUUUUACCCUGUUACGAGCGAAUUUUCAAAAAAUAAGUAA